GCUCCAGGUUCUGUAGCGGCGCCGUGCAGGACUGGGGAGGAGCCCUGCAGCCCAGAUUCUUAUUCCGCUGGAGACUGGAUUGGAGACGGGGUCUGAGGUCCCUGGUGGAGGAAAGGAGGUGAGGAGGAGGUUUCCCUUGGCCUCUAAGCUGUGAAACCGGAAAACCAAACCAUGUCCCAGGUCAUAGAAUCCCACGUGCUGCGUGUUGGACAGACUGUGUGCAUUUCCUCACCGGAGGAGAGCAAGAGCCUGCGCCCUGCGGGGUGCCCAGGCUGCCCCAGGCUGCCAGGCAAGUACAUCUACUACUCCACAGAGGCCUGGACUGAGCCCCCCUCCGUGGGGCACCCCAAAACUCACCUGCUCCCCAGCGGGAGAGCACACAGAGCCCAGCCUGUGUCAGAGCAUGCUGCUCACACGCAGGGGAAGGGCCAGCAGAGUUCCUCCUGGGAGACAUCCCCUGCCCCGUGCCAGCCCAAGGAGGAGGAGAGCACCAGCGUGGACACUGAGGCUCAGCCCAUGUCGCCCUCCCUGGAUGUCACCAUAGAGACUCUCAACAAGAUGAUUCUAGAAAUUGACCCCACCUUCCAGCCACUGCCCUGCAGGCCGGUGAAGGAUGCAGCCCCGCCUGCUGCUCAGGGUGACACGGUGGCCACCAAGAAGCAGGAGCUGGAGGCAAUAGACAUCAAGUACAUAGAGCUGACACCGGGCAGAGCCAUGGGGCCCGACCUGCCACAGGGCUCCCCCAGCCCUUCGGGCACCCCCUUCUCCAGGUCCCCUCAGGCCAGCACCUUCCUGCCCCAAAAAGGGGCACUGGGAGGCAAAUACAGCACCAGUGACAGUGUGGUUUUCUCCAGCCCACCCGGACCCUCGAGCCCCCAGCUGGCUGCUCUGGGCUGCAGCAAAGCAUCCGAGAGCAGCAGUGCAGCCUGGCAGUGCCUGGCAGGAUACACGGACCCAGCCUCCUGCAGCCCUGGUGCCCUCAGCACCUCUCCAGGUGCUGACAACCUGCUGAAGCCCGUGCAGGUGUUGAGGGCCCAGCAGAGGGGCAGCUGGGUGUCCCAGCUCUCCACCAGCCCUGGCUCUGACACCAGCUACAUGCUGGGCAGCAGCACCCACUCGCUCCACAACGAGGAUGUGGAUGGUUCAGCUGCUGCCUCCCCAUCCACCGCCAGUUCCCUGGGCAGCCCCUGCUCCCCCUCCUCUGGCAUCGUGUCUCACUCCAGCGAAGCUUUUGCCCAGAGCCCUCCACACCCCCGGGCAGGCAGCUCCCCCAGCUCCAGCACCUCCCUGGCCCAGAAGGGCCAGGCCAGCAGCUGCCCCCCCUCCAUCCUCACCUCUGCUGCUGACAUCCCGGUGCUGCUGGUGAACGGGUGUUUGGAGCACGGAGAUGGAACCUCCCUGCUGGCCAGAGCCCCCCCCAGCUCUGCCUCACAGCCCCCCCUGCCCAGCUCCAGCGCAGCCCCCCGGCUUGGGGGUCUGAACAACGCCCUGUCAGCACCUGCUCUCAGCUGCCUCUCGGACAGUCCCCUGAAGGCUGGGCAGCCCACCAUGAAGUUUGUGAUGGACACAUCAAAAUACUGGUUCAAGCCAAGCAUCAGCAGGGACCGAGCAAUCCAGUUGCUGAGGGACAAGGAGCCGGGCACGUUCCUCGUGAGGGACAGCACCUCAUUCCGGGGCUCCUUCGGACUGGCCAUGAAGGUUCCUGGCUCUCCAUCCAGCAGCCAGACAGGUGAGGAGAACAGUGACCUCGUCCGGCACUUCCUCAUCGAGUCCUCCACCAAAGGGGUUCACCUGAAAGGUGCCAGUGAGGAGCUGUAUUUUGGAAGCCUCUCUGCCUUUGUCUACCAGCACUCCAUCACCCCGCUGGCGCUGCCCUGCAAGCUCAGCAUCCCCACUCGAGAUCUCGCUGAUGGAGAGGACAGCCCUGACUGUGCCCCUGAAUCUGCACUGUCCCUGGCCAGGAGAACUGCAGUGUGCAAUGUCCUGUACCUCAACUCGGUGAAUGUGGAGACAUUGACAGGAGCCCCAGCCAUCCUGAAAGGCAUCUCCUGCACCCUGGAGCUGGAAACGCUGCCCACCCCCAUCCUGGUGCACUUCAGGGUGACGGAGCAGGGCGUCACGCUGACCGAUGUCCAGAGGAAGGUUUUUUUCAGGCGACACUACCCCUUGGCUGCCAUCAGGUUCUGUGGGAUGGACCCUGAGAACAGAAAGUGGCAGAAGUACUGCAAGUCCUCCAGAAUCUUUGGGUUCGUGGCCAAAAGCCAGACAGACUCGGAGAACCUCUGUCACCUGUUUGCAGAGUACGACACCGUGCAGCCAGUGUCCCUCGUCAUCGACCUGCUCCACCAGCUCCUGCCCAGCCCAUAGGGACAGAACCCUGGCACACUCAGGGCCAGCAGCUGCCCACACACUGCUGAGCUUCUCCUGCUCCCCUUCUCCUGCUUCUGGGUUGCAUUGGCAACAGCAUGUAUUUAGACUUUUUUGUUGUGCACGGUCACAUCAGGAGUCUCAGCUAAAGACGUUUGUGCUCUGGGGUGAGAUGCUCCUCUGAGCCUCUCCGUGGGGCACUGGCUGCCCUGGGGAAGGGACCAGAGCUGCCCAGCAGGGACAGGAGCUGUGCUCUUACGGAACAACUGUCCCUCAGCUGGACCAUCUGCUCUGAAGGACCACAGUGCUCUGGCUGGGGUUUGUACCAGCCAUGAAGUCCCCUCUUCUUGGGGUGUCUGGGCUGAGGGAGGUCAUGGAGCUGAGCUGAGCUCCCACCACUGGGGACACAGCCCUGAUGCCCCAGUGCUGUGAGAGGGAAAAUCUAGGGGAGGAAUCACCCCCUGAGCAGCAGAAAGAGGCAGCUUUGCCAAUCAAAGUGUAUAAAAUUACUAAGUCCUGCUGGAAACGUGCUUCCCUCAAGGAGCAAGCAGCAUCCACAGGCAGGAAUGACAGAGCAGUGCAUUUUUCCUGGUGCUGGGAAAUUCUCCUGCCCUUUUACACAACGCAGGGUUGCGGACGGGCUCGACCUCCCAGCACUACAGAGAGCUGGGAGAUAAAUGGUGACAUUUUCAUGACAGGGAAACAUUGGGUUUUUGGAAAUUACUUGCCGAAUUUGGGCCGGAUUCUCAGAUGACGUAAAUUGGCAGGGCCUCGAGGAAGAUGGUUCUGCUGUGAUCUGCAGCAGCUGAAGGGUCAGCUCGUGCUGUAGCUCAGAGCAGAAGGUGGCUCUGAGGCCACUGCACUCCUCUCUACCUUAGUUCUCAUUUGGUGCCUCUGCGUUGGUUUAAUUCUGGUCCCUAUGUUAACAAACCCUCUCGGGUAUUUUCAAUAAAGCUGUAGAACAUUUCUCCUGCACCACAAGGAUAGCAGCAACGGAGAUGCUCUGCUCCAGAACAGGUGAACAGAUGCACCCAUGGCAGAGUCCCUCUGUUCCAGCCAGGCUGUGGAGCAGGUCCAGCUGUGGCCAGCCUUGGCAAUGACCAAACCAGGUAUUGGGGUCACUGUGGGUGGAGUACCUGGAGGAGACAGGAGCAGCUUUGUCCCCAUUGUCCCUCUGCUCUGAGCUCUGCUCAGCCACCUGCAGGGUGCUGGUGCCCAGGGGAUCCAGCUCAUCCCCAUAGUUUUGCAGGGACCAGGGGACUGCAGCUCCCCAAGGUCACAGGCAGCUCGGGCUGUGGGACCUCAACCCUGAGACCCUGGGGCAGCCCCAGGACCCCCAGAGCUGGACUGUGCUGUGGCUAUCAUGUUGCUGGUCAGGAUCAGCAGCAGGGAAUGGGGACAGGCAAAGGCUUUGGCUCCAGGUGAUGCUCUGGGGAGUCGUGCUGCCCACCGAGCCUCGCCAGCCCUGGUAGCCAUCAGCACAGGGCCAAGGCACGGGACCAGGCUCGAGGAGCACUGGUGUCAGCCCUGGUCCAGAGGCUGCUUGGCCGUGCCAGCAGAUUUCAGGGCUGUCUGUAUUGGCUGUGGCCACCUCCAGCCCCAUCCUGGCAGUGUUUGCAUAACACCAGCACCGCCAGCUGCCUGGCUCCAGUAACCAGAGCAUCAGGUUGGCACCAGCCCCGAUGGCACUGCCAGCCCUGGGAGCCACCAAAGGGACUGUGAACUCCUGGGCCUUGACCCCAGGCAGCACUGCCUGCAGGCACUGGGAGAGAGCCAAGCCAUGACCAGGAAGUGUGUGAUUGUCACAAUUCCUGUGCCUGGGCAUCUCCCAUCUGCAUCCUGACACCUCCCAAAACACCCAGCGGGGCUGGAGAUGCCCCAUGCACCCUGGCACCAGCAGGCACCCGCACAUGUGCCUCGGGCUGUGGCUUGUCAAGGCCAGCAGCACUGCCUGGCCACGAGCCCAUGGCCCUGGAGCAGCCAGUGCCUGUCCCUGUGUGCCCCUGAACUUUGAAGCCAGUCCAGGGUCCCCUCUCCAGCCUGGCACCGUCUCCGGCCCCGCCACUUCUCCUGGCGCUGUGACAAUCCUCUCGGUGGCACCGGUGGAGACACUGAGCUGGGAGUCAUGAGGAAGCAAGAAAAAAAUUUGUUUCCCACCUCCUCCCUACUCAGUGAAGUUCUUCCAGAGGCUUGUGGGCUCCUGGGUUUCCAGGGCUGCAGAACCCCAAGCCCAGUGCAGGACCAGGAGACCAGGUCCUUGGGCAGAGGUGGUGACCAGAGCUUGUCCCCCCACCCCAGCCCCCUCACUCCUGCUCUGUCUCCCUCCUCUCCCAUAAUUUAAAGCCAUAAAAGACAAAACACACUCGAUAGAAACACAUCAAAUAAUGGGAAAUUAAAUACAGUAAUUACCUUUUUUGAGGAUACAAAGGUUCAAGUGUACUGUAAAAGGUCGGUGCUACAUGGUAAUCUGAUGGGUUUGGCUUGGCCCAGGAGGGACAGACAGGGACCCCUUGGGCACCAGGGGACACGCUGGGGAUGGGGGACACUGGUACAUGGUGGUGUGUAAAUACAGCCCUAAACUACAGGAGAGAUGCUACGAAAUGCUGGAGCCCUCGAAGCAGGACAUAGAAUGUGCCCUGGUGCAUCAGCAUUGCUAGGAGCCCCCAAAGCAGGAAAGGUUCUGCUGGGCCUGCCCUGGGGCACGCAGGGAGUGACACACUGGCAGUGCCACUGCACUGUGUCCUGCUGUGGACAGGGGGCUUGGCACUGGGACUGGGCCCAGGAAUCCCUUCCUUGGUGCAGAGGGGCUGAGGGGUGGCUGGGGCAGGGACCCCCCUCCCCAUGGGAGCCAUCCUGGCAAAGUGACUCGGUUUAGAAGUUGUGUGUAAGCAGGGCCACGGGCAGCCAGGGCAGGCAGGGAUCUGGCAGGGCACAGGGCAGGCAGGGGAGCAGGAGGGCAGAGGGUGUUUCACUAAAACUGAAACACUUCAUUCCCAUCGGGGGGCCUUGGACAGGACAAAUCCACAUGGAAAACCAAAACCGA